AUGGAGAAGCCGCUCUUUACUACGUCUAUGCUCACGGCUUUACCUGAUAUCAAUGGCCGCAAUGCCUACCUGGCAUUCGACAAGACAGUUGUGUUACGACAAGUGUUGCGUCAGCAGGACUGGGAGCUGCUCUGCACCCGCGUCCAGGCCAAUCUGACCUUAGCCGAGGUUACGUGCUUUGACGGGGCAGUACGCAUCUACACAACGAAUGCCCAGGUUCGGGCAACAAAUUUACCCAUUUGCAUUGGGGCAAGAGUUAUGUUGACUGAGAACGUCUGGACUGAUGUUAGCCUUGUUAAUGGUGCACUGGGGACCAUAUAUGACUUUGCCUAUGAGGAUCACGUACAGGAUCCUCAAGCUCAUCAUCCCUUUGUCAUUAUGCCUAUCUUUCGCUCCUGGCGGGACUUCAUCAAGGGUAGUAUGCCCUGCUCUCGCACUCAGUUUCCCUUGACAAUUGCAUAUAGCAUCACUGUGCACAAGGCACAGGGUGCUACGCUUGAAUGGGUUGUUGCCGAUAUAUCCCAUCGCGAUUUCCAGUCUGGCCUCACCUACGUCGCCGUCUCGCGCGCCAAGACGUUGAAUGGCAUCAUGUUUGAUGCGUCCUUUGAUCUCAAUGAUAUCCGGCGUCGCACGGAUGGCUCUAUGGCUGCUCGGGCUGCUGACGCUGCCCGGCGUGCUGGCCAGGUUGUGACUGCCCAGGAAGCAUUGAAUUGA